UCAGUUGUCAGAGGAAAAGCAUCGAAAUCCGGCGUGAGAGGCUGUUUUGGCUUCCAUGUGGCACUGAAGUCAAAAGAACUGAAGAUUUUACGAGUAACUGUCCGCUUAUAGAGCAGCCAUGGGGAAAAAAGGCAAGAAGGAGAAGAAGGUUAAGGGAGCCGAGAAGACAGCUGCCAAAAUGGAGAAAAAGGUUUCAAAAAGGUCCAAACGAGAAGAGGAUGAUUUGGAGGCUCUGAUCGCUGAGUUUCAGAGUCUGGACGCAAAGAAAACCCAGGUUGUCGAGACGACGUGUCCGCCUCCAUCACCGAGAUUGAAUGGAUCCCUCUCUGCACAUCCUGAGAAAGAUGAACUCAUCCUGUUUGGAGGAGAAUUCUUCAAUGGAAAGAAGACGUAUCUGUACAACGAUCUGUUCUUCUACAACAUCAGGAAGAAUACCUGGGUUAAAUCAGAAAUCCCCAACCCUCCUCCACCACGCUGUUCUCAUCAGGCGGUGGUAGUUCCUCAGGGCGGGGGACAGCUCUGGGUGUUUGGUGGAGAGUUUGCCUCUCCAAAUGGGGAACAAUUCUAUCACUACAAGGACCUUUGGGUACUGCACCUUGCUACACACACCUGGGAGAACAUCAAGGCACCGGGCGGUCCAUCGGGCCGCAGUGGACAUCGGAUGGUCCUCAGCAAGAAGCAGCUGCUGGUGUUUGGAGGUUUCCACGAGAGCACCAGGGAUUUUAUCUACUACAAUGAUGUCUACUCUUUCUCCCUGGACACCUUUUCUUGGUCACGCCUCUCUCCAUCAGGCUCCGCCCCCUCCCCGCGCUCAGCCUGUCAGAUGACCUCCACUCCAGACGGCAUGGGCGUCAUCAUCUAUGGGGGAUACUCCAAAGUGAGGGUCAAGAAGGAUGUCGAGAAGGGGACCAUCCACUCUGACAUGUUCCUUUUGAAACGAGAGGGUAAAGAUGGUCAAGAGAAGUGGUCGUGGUCCAGACUGAACCCUUCUGGCAGUAAGCCCCCUCCUCGCUCUGGUUUCUCCUUGGCGGUGGGCCCAGCUGGGCGGGCGGUGCUGUUUGGUGGGGUUUGUGACGAGGAAGAAGAAGAGUCGCUGGAGGGCGACUUCUACAAUGACCUGUACUUGUAUGACACAGUGAAAAACCGCUGGUUCCCCGGUGUGCUCAGGGGAAACAAGACAGAGAAGAAGAAACGGCGGAGGGUGAAAAAGGAUAUGGCAGAGGGGGAGGAAGCGGAGAGGGAGGAAGAGGAGGCAGCGGCACCUCAAGGACCCACUGAGAUCAUCAAAGAGAUCGUCACUGAGGACGGAACAGUGAUGACCAUUAAGGAAGUGAUUCCUGGUCCUCAGGUGCAGGAGGAGGAGGAGGAGGAAGAGGAGGAAGAAGAUGGCUCGGCCACGGCCCCGCUCAUCGAGCCUUGCCCGAGGUCCAGCGCCAUGGCAACAGUGCGACAAGGCAAGCUCUACCUGUACGGGGGGAUGUUUGAGGUGGGCGACCGCCAGUUCACUCUGAACGACUUCUACUGUCUGGACCUGCACAAAAUGGACCAGUGGGAGGUUCUGGUCGAAAUGGACCCAAAGACACAGGAGUGGCUGGAAGAGUCUGAGUCAGAGGACGAUGAAGAGGAAGAGGAGGAGGCGAAGGGAGCAGAGGGGGAGGAAGAGGAGUCCGAAGAGGAAAGCGAGGACGAGGAAGAUGAAGAAAAGCACCCCGCAGUGCAGGAGGGGGAGACGGUAACGGAUUACCAGAACCGUACAGAGCAGUACUGGAUAGGACUGGCACGUGCCAACAUGGGCUCCGACGCCAAGGACAAGAAAGUUGCCAAGGUCGCCCUCGCCAUGGCUAAAGUCUUCUAUGAAGACCAGUAGCAGGAUACGCAGAAGUGUGUGUGUGUGUGUGUGUGUGUGUGUGUGUGUGUGUGUGUGUGUGUGUGUGUGUAAAAAACUUUUUUGUAAUGGGUAAACUUUUAUAUAACAUUCAAAAAUGCCUUUUGAACAGUCUGGGGGAAAAUAAUUCAGUCAUGAAUCGAUUACAUUCACUUUUCACAACGAAAACAGUAACAAAUACAAAUGACUGAUGGUUUGUAAAGGUCAAAAUGUUCAUUCAUUUGAAAUAAAAUCACUUAAUUCAUUAAUUUCACCAAAACAUAUUUAAUGCUGACAUGUUUCACACACUGCUGCCGACAUGUUAUCGUGUCUUUGAGUGUAGCUGAGCAAGUGAGCAAAUGCAACCCACCUCCAACUCAGUUGUACUUGGAAUUAGAAUAACUUUAUUUUCCACAGUAGAAAAGAAAUUGUCUUUGGUUCACAAAUCAAUUCACAAUAAAGAUGCUGAUAAUAAUCAGCGCACAUUCAUACAUGCACACACAUAAAGCCUCAAUAAAACUAUAGAAAUAUAACAAAGCAUCUUGUUACUUGGUAUGCUAAUUACAUUUGGCACAAAUUACCCCUUUUACGCCUUUUUAGUAGCUAGAGGCAUCCUAUGACAUCAUCCUCAGGGUGUUAGUUCAGUAUCAGAAUAAAGAUGGUGUUCUUGGUCAACAAUGAUAGACCGAGUUUUCCCUAAAACGGCAGUGUGAUCCGACUCAUCUAAUGUGGUUUGUUGUUUACCAAUGAUUCUUCCAGCAGCUCCGACAAUCCUGUCCAUGUUGUUUCUAUUUGCCAGAGUCAGGAAAAUAGGAACAAACAUAAUCAGUGUCAUAGCUGUUACUGAUGACUUGUGUUUUCUGUGCUGGGUCUCUUUCCGCCUUACUGGCCAUGCAUGCGUAGAAAGGCAGGGAGGAUGCAGAAUAAAGCCACGCUGCAAAAAUAUGAAAAUCAAUAUUCUGACUACACUCUAAAAACUAUUGUUUAAGCUCAACAAAAAAAAUUAACGCAACAGUUUCCAUUAGUCUUUUUGAGUUAUGAUAACUUAUGUUGAAAUUAGAUUGAACCAACAAACU